AUGGCCGCCAACGCAACUGUCCACGUCAAAAACAUUGCUCCGGCAACCAGCGACGAUGAAGUCAAAAACUUUUUCGGCUUCUGCGGCAAGAUUGCAGACUUCAAAGUCGAGACCGAAGGCGAGACCAAGUCCGCCGAGGUCACCUUUGAGAAGAAGACGGCCAUGAAGACGGCCCUGCUGCUCAACACCACCAAGCUGGGACCCAACCAAAUCUCCGUCACCAGCGCCAGCGGCAGUGCCGACGAGGAUGGUAGCCACGACGCCAAAAGCGAGGAGAGGGACUCUGACCACAUCUCGCAGGAGGAGAAGCCGCGGGCUCGCAUCCUGGCCGAGUACCUCGCAAGCGGAUAUGUCGUUGGCGACGCUGCCAUCGAGCGCGCCAUCGAGCUCGAUCACAAGCACAAUGUUUCCAAUCGCUUCCUCACCACCAUCCAGAACCUGGACCAAAAGUACCACGCUACCGACCGCGCCAAGGCUACCGAUCAGAGCUACGGCAUCUCUCAGCGUGCCAACAGCUUCCUGACCGGCAUCAGCUCGUACUUUGAAAAGGCCGGGAACCACCCCACCGGCAAGAAAAUCGUCAAGUUUUACACCGACGGCUCGCGCCAGGUGCAGGACAUCCACAACGAGGCCAGGCGUCUGGCUGAUUUGAAGAAGCAGGAGCACGGCGGCAGCGCGUACAAGGCGGCCGGGCUGGAGAGGGUCUUUGGCAAAGAGGCGCCGAAACAGCCAGCGGCGUCUGCUCCUGCUCCUGCUGCCAGUGCGGAUGAUUCUGCCGGGGGAGCUCUGGCCACUACCGCCCCUUCUGCUGCUACAGCUCCCACAGAAGCGGUCCCCGCCACAAAGACGACGGAAAGCAAGGACUCUUGA